AUUGAUUUCCUUUGUUUAGAAUGAAGAAAACCUUACAAGGGGACAUGAGCUAUAUUUGAAAUACAUUUUACUUCUGGAAUAUGUAGCACCUUUAGCAUUAAGAGGCGUGUUAGACAGAGAAACAGCAAAACGCAGAGAUAGAUCCUACACUGGUGUUGAGUCAUGGAAAGUGGGCAAGUUUUGUUCUGAACUAUUAAAAUUCAAGACAUUAAGUAGACGUGAUCGUAAAGGAAUCAUUAGCAUUAGCGACCAAAUAGAUGACUUGCACACCUUCGCUCAGUCCAAAUCUCUGAACUUCCACGUCUUCGAAAGCAAAUGGAAUCCGCUACAUGAUGUACUCUUUGAAAUAAUCGAAGACAUUGAAGACUCAAGCAGAUAUAGAUGCACACGGAUGAUGUUCUCUUUAGGAGAGGAUAUCAAAAUAGAUUCAGAACUGAAAGAAGAACUGGAACAGGCAGUGAAUGUCAGUGCUCAUAUAGAAAUCGCAAACAAAAUAUUUCCGAAUGUGGUAGAAUGUACACUUAGCGAAAAGGAACGACAUGACCCACCGGUGCAAUUCAUUGAAACAUACUCCGAUACAUAUGUCAAUGUUGGCGAUUCCGCUGUCCUCGUUUGUAAGCUCAGUAGAGAUGUUAAACCAGUCCUCUGGAUAAAAGACAACAAACUUCUUACAAAGUCAGAAACCCUCAAGUUCGUAACAGAUUCUACCAGUAACUGGUUAGUUAUAUCCAAUGUCACUGAAGAAGACGCUGGAAAAUAUUCAUGCAUGUGUGAAGGUGCUAAAACAUCAGCUAGUCUCACAGUUACAGAACAACCUCUGAAGGUGACGACCAAGCUACAUGUAGUACAAAAAGUUGUCAAGGAGCAAAUGGAAAUUUCUUUGAUCUGUAUAGUAAACAUGCCAGGACAGAAACCAACAUGGCAACACAACAAUAAAAAUGUUCCUAAGGAGCCUCGUAUAAGUGCGUCUUCAGAGGGAAUGGAACAUAAACUCACCAUUCGAAACGUUCGGUUAGAAGAUACUGGGCACUAUGUGAUUGUCUUUGGUACAGUUACAUCGACAACAUACGUUUCCGUGGAAGGAAAAUAUGACAUCUCACAAAGACAUAAACAACAGCUCAAAAAUGAUCUCUACAGAAAUUGGGUUAGGGGUGCUCUAGGCUUAAAGUACUUGAAAGUAGGUCUCGAGGGUCUUUUGGAACCGUUAGUUGAGAAGCGACAUAAAGAACUUUUGAAGAAAGCUGAAGCUGGUACUGAUUAUAAUUUCAAACAUUGUAAAAAAUGCAACAAUGAAAACUUUAUUCCGCACCCAAAGAGUAAAUGUCAAAGAACUGAGAGAAAAUAUAAAUGUUUCUGUACAAACCGUAAUGGAAGAGAAUGUCCCAGUGAUGGAUUUUGCGGGUUCAUGUACAAUCAGAUAGUGAGUGACCAUCAGUUUGGUGAACCUACACUGAAGAAUACACAGAUUGAAAACUGGAGCACCAGUCCCUGGAGCAUUGCGACUACAUACAUCAAUACUGAAGGAUACGUAGGCAAGUCAUCAGCUAAAGAGAUCGACUGCAGUGGCUUACUGAGCAUAUUCGCGAACAAUAUGAACUGUUCCAAAUAUGUCUCCCUUAAGGAUAUAGAAGAGGCCAGAAAAGCACGCAAUGAAUUACUACACAACUCAAAUUAUGUGCUUAAAGAAGACGAAUUAAAUGAGUAUAUAGAAGUAUUCAAGAAAGCGUUGAAGAUCGAAGACACUUCGGAUCUAAUGACAUCUCAGACCGAUGCGUUAGAAAAUGCCCUUCAACUUUUGGAAAAUCUACAGGGAAAUCAAAUAGAUAUAAAUAUAUCUAAAGACAUUGAACAGCUUGAACAAAAUUUUCGACAGCAUGCAAUGACCGAAGAAGCGGAUAUCUGCCAAAAAAUGUUGUACGCAGAGGUAUUAUUUUUUAUAAAUGAUUUUCUUUUUUUGUUAUUUCAAGUGAAGGAAUAAGCUUAAAUCAGAUACUGUAAAAUCAUUUAAUUUCGUGGGCAUGAAAUUUCGUGGUUUUCGACAAAACAGCAAUUUCGUGGGGAUAUGAAUUCGUGGAUUUCAUCUUUCGAAGAUAAAAUGAAUGGAAAUUUUAUUUGUUCGUUGGACCUAAUUUCGUGGAUUAACGCUACCACGAAAUCAACGAAAAUUAGUCCCCCACGAAAAUUAAUGAUUUCACAGUACUUCGAAUGAAAAUAUCAUUUCUUUUCAUUUUUGUAUUCUGUAUUGGCAAUUUUAAGUACAAAAUCAAAGAAUGUUUGUGAAAUGAAUAUGAUCUGCUUUAAAAAGUUGAAAAUAUUAAGAAUUUAUUUUAAUUACUAAAUUAACAAUGGU